AUGCGCCUAACCAUCGCGCUCUACCUCGUGAAAGCAAGUAUAUCCCUCGCAACACCCACCAGCGGAGGCUCAGAAACUGCGACCGUGGAAAUACCCUUCGCGACAAUCCUCGGCAGCAUCAGCAACAACGUCGAGACAUUCGCUGGCAUCCCCUACGCAGAACCGCCGACCGGAUCGAACAGACUGAGACCACCAACGCGCCUAACCAAGUCGCUCGGCAUCUUCGAUGCAACCGGUACCGCCGCGGCGUGUCCGCAAUUCCUCGCCUCGCCCGACAGUACCGAUUUUCUGCAGAAGAUUCUGGGAUCUGUUGCGAACAUACCCUUUGUAAAUAAUGCAACAGAUCAGUCGGAGGAUUGUUUGACUAUUACCGUGGCUCGGCCUGAGGGAACCACCGCGGAUUCGCGGCUGCCGGUUCUGUUUUGGAUCUAUGGUGGUGCGUUCGAGAUCGGGUGGUCUUCAAUGUACGACGGAACAAACCUCAUCAACUACGGCGUGAAUAUCGGUAAACCCUUCAUCUUCGUCGCGGUGAACUACCGCAUCGGCGGCUUCGGGUUCCUUGCCGGAAAGGAGAUUCUGAAAGACGGCGCAGCAAAUCUGGGUCUUCUUGAUCAGCGGAUGGGACUUGAAUGGGUUGCAGAUAACAUCGCAACCUUCGGAGGCGAUCCGGACAAAGUGACGAUCUGGGGAGAGUCGGCUGGAGCGAUUUCCGUUCUGGACCACAUGGUUUUGUACGAGGGCAAUAAUACCUACAACGGGAAGAGCCUUUUCCACGGUGGUAUUAUGGACUCUGGGAGUAUUACCCCUACUGAACCUGUGGACAGUCAGCGGGCCCAGGAUGUUUAUGACAUCGUUGUCGAGGCUGGUGGAUGUCGGAAUGCGUCGAGUACGUUGGAUUGUUUGCGAGGUCUUGAGUAUGAGGAUUAUCUUAAUGCUGCCUGCUCCCCUCCCGGCUUGCUGUCUUACUCUGGUGUUGCGCUUUCCUAUUUGCCGCGGCCGGACGGGAGGAUUCUUGCUAAGAGUCCCGAUGUGCUCGUUCAGCAAGGGAAGUAUGCGCCUGUUCCGUUUAUUAUCGGUGACCAAGAAGAUGAAGGUACACUGUUUAGUCUUUUUCAGUCAAAUGUCAGCAACAGCAAGGACCUCGUUGGAUACUUGAAAAACGUCAUGUUUCCACGCGCCACCGAGGAGCAACUUACUACGCUGGUCAGCACAUAUGGCUCCGGUAUCUCGGCUGUGACGAAAGGAAGUCCUUUCGGUAGCGGGAUGUUUAAUGAGGUAUUCCCGGGCUUCAAACAGCGGGCCGCAGUCAUCGGUGAUAUACUCUUUACCUUGGCCCGACGCACAUUCCUCCAACUGUCGAGCCAGCUUCGCCCAGAAGUUCCUUCUUGGUCAUAUCUCGCAACAUAUGACAAGGGAACCCCAAUUCUGGGAACAUUCCAUACAUCCGAUAUCAUACAGGUGUUCUUUGGCACCUACGACAACUAUGCCGCUCACAGUGUCCGCACCUACUACCUCAACUUUCUCUACUUUCUGGACCCGAACGCCGAUCUCAACGGGACGUAUCCUACUUGGCCGAGGUGGGGGAAGUCCAAGGAUCUUCUUAGCUUGGCUGCGGAUAAGGCGACGGUUGUGAAAGAUGACUUCCGGGAGAGCAGUUAUGAGGUGAUCCGAAAGGUUGGAAAUGUGCUACGACUAUGA